GUGACGACGGUAGCGAUUUUAAGGGCAACAGUACUCAUGGCAACGGUACUCAUGGUGCUGUGCCAUUCACUCAUAUUUUGCCAGCUACUUAUACUUUUGGAAUUUGGGGGCUCAUUUAUGCUUUGCUUGGUGGAUUCGUUAUUUACCAAUGGUUCAAUUCAGCUGAAAUUGCCACCGUUGAAGGUGUUAAAUUUUAUCUUAUUCUCGCAAAUAUUGGAAACAUUGUUUGGAUUGUUUUAUGGCGCAAAGAUGUUGUUUUCGCUGGUACUCUUGCUUGGUCUCUUAUUGGUAUUGCCGUUAGACAAUUUGAAUCAUUACCAAUUCUUAUUGCUGCUGCUGUAUCUGCUGGUCUUAUCAUCG